CUGCCAUUCGAAGGUUGUUGGAUGAUUAGAUGCAUGGUGCUGCCACCGCCAUCACCGUCGCCAACUCUGAAUUCUGCCGAACCACGUCCUUGCCCUUGGCACUACGCGUCAACCUGCUUACGCUUCCUCUGCCUCUGGCUCUGGGUGUUGCCGCUUGCUACAGGGUGUGGCUCCGGUGUGAGGCGCGCCAACGCAAGACCAAUUCUUACUAACGGACCUUGCAUUUGAGUUGUCACGGAGAAGGAUGUGGUUGGCAGCAACAGCGAGGAUUUUAUACCGAAGUAGCGCCG